AUGUUCACUUCACCAAACAUCAGGGCAAGUCACUUGAGAAUCGUCAAGGGCAGACUUGCUUACACUAAGAUGUUAACAAUGACAGUGUAUGGUUGGCUUGAAAUGCUAACCGCUGAAGACCGAGCAGGUUCUGAACUUCUGAGCAAUGAGAUUGUGAAGGCUGAGCAUGAUGCUGAAAUAACAAAGUUAAGUCCAAUUUGCACUACAAGUUACCCAUCAUUCAGUUGCAGCAAGUCAAGGCGGAAUUUAACUGAGGAGGAGAAGGAAGAGCGGAGAAUACGCAGAAUAUUGGCCAACAGAGAGUCAGCCAGACAGACUAUUCGUCGGAGGCAGAGAGCUUUCAUUGAGGGAUCCCUCAAAUAA